AUGGUUGGGCUACCUGGAGCCUUUGAGUAUGGACAGUGCUGGACUAGAUCUGAAAGUGGCUCCACUAGUUGGGCUACGUCAGAAAGAAAGAUCACCUGGCUCGGCCUGACUUCUCUUGAUGUGUUAGGCCAAACCGAAGUAAAUCGGAACGGGCUGUUCCGAAGAAAAUUUAAAAAAGGCUGGGCUGAACCAGCACAAGUAAGCCCAUGGGGAUAA